AUGAAGUCCAGACCUAAGCUUCCAACUCACCCUGCUUUUGGUUUUACCAUGCGUGGAGACACUGCUGAGAAGUGGCCGCAAAUAGUAAUGUACUUGUGGCAUGUGUACCACAGUGCAGCUGAGUACAUGCCGGAUGGCGUGCGUCACAGACUGGGCAAACCACAGCUGCCAGAGGCUCCCUUCAACUGUCAAGAUCGAGACGCUGAUGACAUAGAUAGGCAUGUCAAUGGAUUUUUGAAAAGGCUUCAGACGUACAGCUCAGACAUUGACGUCCAUUUGAUUGGGCCUGGCACGUUCAAGGGUGAACGUAGACAUCUGCAGAAUGGCAACCAAACGGAGUUGUUCUACGAGUACCUUGCAUUCUGCGAGGAUGCCAUGGAUCAGGCCAAGUUCAAGUGUCCGCGUGUGCGAGGCCACGAAGACAUUGACCAAUGCUUUUCUGUUCAGGCAGCCCUCAUCGCACGGCACACUUUUGACAAUCCUACCGAGUUGAUCCAGAUUCUGGAUGGUUCCACGCGGCCAGAAGACCCUGCAGAGAGACAAAGAGCAUGGCAGAAGGUCGGCAAAGUCCAUUCCGAGGCCUUCAAGUUAGACGAAGCUGCUGAUUGGAAGCACUGGGUGAGCAUGCUUGGCGUGCGGGUGAAGGGUCUGCUUCGAGUGGGUCAAAUCCGCAUUGUUCUACGAAAAGACCUCGAUCCCAGUUCUUAUGGGUCUGUCACUGUGGAGGAGAUUCGCGGCCAAACCCAGGAUGGCAACGAUUUGCUUUUAGUUGCGAAAAAGUUUAUGGCGGACCCCCAGCCUUUCAAGAUUGUGACGAUCUUGCCUGCUUCACAAUGUGCCCUCAUUCGGCGGAGCUUUGUCCAGCCAUCAGGUGUUUGGAAGCGAAGAGUCAUUUCUGAGAGUGCCAAGAAAAAGAUCACAAGCAGGGUGCCUGCGUGUGUACAGCAGAUGGUCUUGAGCCAAGAGGCAGCUGCUUACUUAGUCAGUUGGGCCGAAGGGACGCUACAAAAAAACCCACGCCCGCAAAGAUACAGUUUUUUGACCCACCGUCUUUUUCCAGCUGACGACCCUGGGCCGUCUGCUCCUUGGGGCCCCCGUGGGCGUGAGCGGCAUGUGGGUUUGGGGUUCGAAGACGAGGAUGCUGAUUCUGGCUCGGAUGAUGCCUACCGACCAAUUCAAGAUGACGAUGAUGGCCGGUGA